AUGCAUCGACUUUUUGCUGAGCUGGAGCCAUCUGUAAACGUCACCGAGCAAAACCUGGCAGACAGAGUUCGGUAUAUCUUGCGCUCAAAUAUAUUUGAUGUCGCCGACCUCGAACGGCUACGACGUGAGUCUGUUCCCUCAUCGGAUGAAAAUGCUACGGCUGAGGAUGCGGCGCCACAAAUUAUAGAGCAACCCGCAAACGUGGAUGCCGCCGUGAAUACCCCAGUUGUGGUUGAUUUAAAAGAUGAUGGAACAGUCGCCCAGGAACUGGAAAUAGAGCAUAUGAGGAAUCCGGCAAUAACAGGCCAAGAAUUGGACGCACCGUCAGGAUGGCGUUUCCAGCCGGAUAUAACGCAAAAACUGACGGAGCGCAUAGAUGAUCUGAAGCAGAGAACCGCUGAUUAG